GAGCUACCUGUGCUCUCUGGAUUGAACUGUGGCAGCACACUUUCCCAGUAGCAUGGCAAGAAGUACUACCUCCUUGCAGAGCGAGAGGGAUCCACAGAAUCUGGUCUAGGUUCGUGUGUCAGUGCCAGUGCUGUUCAGUUCUACAUCCCUCAGAUGAAGAAUCCUCCUACAGCAUGAGGGCCUUUCUGGAACUCCUGGCCUUUUUCUUGGCCUUGGUCUCGACAGCUUUCCUGAUUGUGGCGACUUGGUCCGAUUGCUGGAUGGUGGAUGCCGACCUCAGUCUGGAGUUCAGUGACUCCUGCAGGGGACUGUGGUGGGAGUGUGUGACUCAUAACUUUGAAGGUGUUACUACCUGCGAGGAUUAUGACUCCAUAUAUGCUGAACAUUCUUUGAGGCUGGUGGCAACUCGGACCCUGAUAAUAAUAGCAGACAUCCUGGCUGGAUUUGGCUUCAUUUUCCUCCUUCUUGGGCUGGACUGCAUAAAGUUCCUGAAGAAUGAGCCGGACAUCAAACUGCGCAUCUGCUAUGUAGCAGGAUUUACACUGCUGCUUGGGGCUGUUCCAGGUAUGACUGCCUCAGUGUGGUAUGCUGUCAGUAUAUACGUGGAGCGCUCAACCUUGUUUUUCCAAAAUGUGUUCCUGGGGAUUCAGUACCAGCUGGGAUGGUCCUGUUGGCUGGGCAUGGCGGGUGCAAUGGGCUGUGCUCUUGCUGGGACACUGCUCACAUGCUGCAUGUACUUCUUCAAAGAUGUUGGAUCAAGACAAAAUGUAUCUGCGUACAACUACCACUCAAGAACAAGGAGCAGAGACAGGACCAAGUCUAGAAAGUCGUCAACUACAACGUACUCCUACACUAAAACUGAAACCGCCAAGAUGUAUGCAAUAGACACCAGAGUAUAAAGCUGGAAGAAUCAUGCCCAGGCCUGCGUGCCCUGAUACUCUGAGAGCGCUUCCAAAAAUAUUGCGCUCAGUGUGCAUCUUCGUCAACACGCUUGAUGCUUCAAACGAGAGACGCGGCGAGUUCAUCUGCUUGGACAACGGCGCCACCGUGUGGAAUUUCUAGGUUGUGUUUUAUUCUCCAAUGUCAACGUAAAAUCGUGAUGGCUUUUAUUUCAUUGCGAUUCCAAUUUGAAUGUUUGAAUUGUGUUAAUUUGUUUCUUAAUGUUUCGAAAUACUGAUGCAUAAAUGUAGCUUCAGGAAUGCAAAAAAAAACAUUUUAAGAUGCAGUUCUUAAAAUAACAGUUGUUUACAGUAUGUUGAACAUCACAGAGACAAUAGUGCUAAGAGGUGUGCUGCUGUCUCGAUAAUAUUUCAAUAUUUUAAAUUACCUAUUUGGUGUGUUGUUGAGGAUCUUUUUUUUGGAGAAUUUGGAAAUGCAGAAUGACAACAGACAUGUCUAACCUAUCAUCAAAUUCCUAAACAUUUUCUCAAAGCUCCCAUACUAGUGCCUUUAAGACAAGCUGCUUAAAAAGAAAAGGUUAGUAUGUCAAAGUCAAUUUGUGUUCAGACUACCAGAAAAAUCCAGAUUAAUCUCUGAUGCAGGACAAGGGAGCAUGAAAGAGAGACAAAACCUCAACAUGAAGAACAGGUGAAAAACAAGACAUUCCCUGACAUAAAAUCACAUUAAUAUUAUA